AAAAAUCUAACUCCAAAUCACAAAAAAUGGUUCCUGUAUUUGCAUCGUUGAUACAUUCAGUUAUGGUCGUGUUCAUUGUCCUAGAGUCAAUGACGACCAUUAACGCUAGAGAAUUAAGACCGUCCGAUCACGGCCUUGAGUACUACUACGAACCAGGCGAGUCUUCAUCAUCGGGGAUGACGACAUUCUUCGGACCACCUUCUUCAAAUGACCUGAAGUCCACGACAUCUUCAUCAUCACCGUCUGGCUCGAUAUUGCCGAGUGCGGUGAAAUCUCCACUGCCGACGACGACGACGUUACCAAAAGUUCGGGAUGAUGAUGAUGAUGAUCACGCGAUGAAUCACGUGCUGGUAGUGGGCAGCUUGGUGUGUGGAAUCUCCGGUGUAGCUUUGAUUGUCGCUUCUGCUCUCAUUUAUUUUCUUGGUUACCCGAAAACACAAAACUCCUCUGUUAAUUGUGAUCACAUUCAUAACAAUGUCACUAAUACCAAGUAGAAUUUAUUUUGUCUCUAUAAUUUUGUGAAUUGAUUCAAGAAAAUAAAGAUGUUGUUCUCAUGUGAA